AUGCGAAUCAGCACACUCUUUACAGGCACAACUCUCCUUUUGGGCUAUGGAGUUUUCGCAGCCACGAUCUCUCAGAACGCGCGGUGUGGUAAAGGGUUUGGAGGACUUGUUUGUCCUGGAAAAUCUACCAGUGUUGGACCAUGUUGCUCACAGUACGGGUGGUGUGGAAGAACGGAGGACCACUGCUAUGUCUCUAAGGGAUGCCAGUCAGGCUUCGGCUCUUGCUCAACGUCCUCUUCCCCAUCGAAACAACCCCCUACGUCGUCUCCCUCGCCCACGCCUUCGAAACUGAAGACCUCGACCAACGGCAAAUGUGGCGUCGGCUCAAGCCAGACCUGUUUGGGUAGUGUAUUUGGCAACUGCUGCUCCCAGUAUGGGUAUUGUGGUAAUAGCAAUGCGUACUGCGAAUCGGGUUGCCAGACCAAAUUCGGCUCCUGCAAGGCUACACCGGCCGGGCCUUCGAGUGUCUUGCGCCUCUGCCACUUCGCAGCGAGUCUCCACCAAUGCCAGAUGUGGAGCUGCUUCCGGUGGACAGACCUGCAAAGGAAGCAAGUGGGGUAA